UUCCGUUUCCAGGAUCUAAGAAGAAAUGAGGGCCGAUAAUUCGUAGCAUUUCUCUGGUCUCUCUGUUGUCGAGGACCCGAAAAUCACCGUAUUCAUCAUUGCAUGCUCUCUUAUCCUCUCCUGUCGACGUCUCUGUGUUCAUCUCUGUCUCCGUCUCCGGAAUCUGGUUCAUCUUCACAAUCACACCUGAAAGCAACAAAAAACUUAUUCCUACUCCCUUUCAUCGCCAUGAAGGAUCGCCCUCCUUCCUCGUACGGCGACGUUUACAUCCCUCCUCACCACCGUUUACGCUCCGUCGUCACGGUGCCGCCUCGUCACUCUUCCUCCGCUUCUCCGAUCGACUCCAAGCUCGGUGACAGCCAAACCGCCGGUCUAAAACCUAAGGCCAGCAACUUGCCUUACUUGCAAGCUCGUCAACAGGAACAAAAGCAGCGACAACGGCAACAGCAACAGUAUGUUUCAGCUUACGAUGACGGUGUGUCAGAGGAUGGCUCUGAUCGUGAGUACGAGACACCAUGUCAGCCGGGUACUUCCCCUUGUGCUAAUAUUGAUGAGUGGAAACAGAAGUUAGCCAUGCUUUUACUUGAUGGGGGAAGGCAAGAGUUGGUCUCUCGGGAGAAGAAAGAUAGAAGGGAUUUUGAGCAAAUAGCAGCUUUAGCAAGCAGAAUGGGGUUGCACAGCCAUGCAUAUGCUAAGGUUGUUGUCUUCAGUAAGCUCCCACUGCCAAACUAUAGGUUUGAUUUGGAUGACAAGCGUCCUCAGAGAGAGGUCAACUUAAACACCUAUCUGCUUAAAAGAGUUGAUGCCUAUCUUGGGGAAUAUCUUUCUCAAAAAUCAAGGACUAAAGAUAAGUGCCCUGAAGAUUCCUUUUCAAGAUCAAGCAGCAGUGGUAGUAUUGCUACUGAUGAAGGGCUUUUCGAGCAACCAGAGCCACUUGCAGCCACUAAGACUGUAAUGGAGAAAAUCUUCCGGAGGCGAAGUUCUCAACUACUUGAUCAGCAAAAGUCUUGGCAGGAAUCUCCGGAAGGUAGCAGAAUGCUGGAAUUUCGUAGAACUCUUCCUGCUUAUAAGGAGAAGGAUGCAAUAUUGACAGCCAUUUCACAGAAUCAGGUUGUUAUUGUCUCAGGUGAAACUGGCUGUGGCAAGACAACACAAAUUCCCCAAUUUAUUUUAGAAUCUCAGAUUGAUAUGGCUUCUGGAGCUGCUUGUAGUAUUAUAUGUACACAGCCAAGGCGAAUAUCUGCCAUGUCUGUUUCUGAAAGAGUUGCUUAUGAGAGAGGGGAGAAAUUGGGUGAAUCUGUGGGAUACAAAGUACGGCUGGAAGGUAUGAGAGGCAGGGAUACUCGCCUUCUCUUCUGCACCACAGGCAUUUUGUUAAGAAGAUUGCUUGUCGAUAGAGAUUUGAAAGGUGUUACCCAUGUGAUUGUGGAUGAAAUUCAUGAACGUGGAAUGAAUGAAGAUUUUCUACUUAUCAUCCUUAAAGAUCUUCUUCCUCGUCGCCCAGAGUUACGGCUGAUUCUGAUGAGUGCUACUUUAGAUGCUGAGCUUUUCUCAUCUUAUUUUGAUGGGGCUCCUAUAAUUCGCAUUCCGGGUUUUACAUACCCAGUUCGGACUCAUUUUCUGGAGAAUAUUUUGGAGAGAACGGGCUAUAGAUUGACUCCUUACAAUCAAAUUGAUGAUUAUGGUCAAGAAAAGAUGUGGAAGACGAGCAAACAAGCACCAAGGAAGAGAAAGAGCCAAAUUGCAUCUGUUGUGGUGGAUGCACUUAGAGCAGCUGAUUUCAAGGAAUAUAGCCCCCAGACUCGGGAGUCUUUGUCAUGUUGGAAUCCUGAUUGUAUUGGUUUUAAUCUCAUAGAAUUUCUUCUCUCUCAUAUAUGUGAGAAUGAAAGACCUGGUGCUGUUCUAGUUUUUAUGACUGGCUGGGAUGACAUAAGUUCUUUAAAGGAGAAGCUCUUGGCACAUCCUGUUUUGGGGGAUCCAGCCCAUGUUUUGUUGCUUGCCUGUCAUGGUACCAUGGCAAGUUCAGAGCAGAGAUUGAUAUUUGAAGAGCCUGAAGAUGGCGUGAGGAAAAUAGUGCUUGCUACUAAUAUUGCGGAGACAAGCAUCACAAUUAAUGAUGUUGUUUAUGUUAUAGACUGUGGGAAGGCAAAAGAGACCUCCUACGAUGCACUCAAUAACACUCCUUGUUUGCUGCCAUCAUGGAUUUCUAAGGUUUCUGCUCAACAGAGAAGAGGUAGAGCUGGCCGUGUUCAACCUGGAGAAUGUUAUCAUCUAUAUCCUAGAUGUGUAUAUGGCGCUUUUGCAGAACAUCAAUUACCUGAAAUUUUGAGAACACCUUUGCAGUCUCUUUGUCUGCAAAUUAAAAGCCUAAAACUUGGGAGUAUUUCUGAGUUCUUGUUUAGAGCAUUGCAAUCACCCGAGUUAUUAGCGGUCCAAAAUGCUAUUGAAUACUUAAAAAUUAUUGGAGCCUUAGACGAGAAUGAAAAUCUCACUAUUUUAGGUUGCUAUCUAACCAUGCUUCCAAUGGAACCCAAGCUUGGGAAGAUGCUUAUAUUAGGAGCCAUUCUCAAUUGUUUGGAUCCAGUAUUAACCAUUGUUGCUGGCCUUAGUGUUAGAGAUCCUUUCUUAACACCAUUGGAUAAAAAGGAUCUGGCAGAGGCUGCAAAGUCUCAAUUCUCCCAUGAUCAUAGUGACCACCUUGCUCUUGUCCGGGCCUAUGAGGGCUGGAAAGAUGCAGAGAGGGACCUUGCUGGUUAUGAAUACUGCUGGAAAAAUUUUCUUUCAGCACAGUCGAUGAAAGCUAUUGAUUCUCUCCGGAAAGAGUUCUUCUCUUUGCUUAAGGAUACUGGACUUAUUGAUGGCAACAUAAGCAACUGCAAUGCAUUUGCCCAUGAUGAACAUCUCAUCAGAGCAGUUAUUUGCCAUGGCCUGUAUCCUGGAAUUUGUUCCAUCGUGCACACUGAGAGAUCAUUCUCACUGAAAACUAUGGAGGACGGGCAGGUGCUUCUGUACUCGAACUCAGCCAAUGCUAGGGAGUCAAAAAUUCCGUAUCCGUGGCUAAUUUUCAACGAGAAGAUAAAAGUGAACUCUGUCUUCCUAAGGGAUUCUACUGCUAUUUCUGAUUCUAUCCUUCUCCUUUUUGGUGGUUUUAUCUCGAGAGGAGAUGCUUGGUUUAUGCCACACUUUGACAGGAUGGCCACUUGAAAAUGUUGGGAGGAUACUUGGAAUUUUUCCUGAAACCUGCUGUAGCAGAGAUGUACCAAACCUUAAGGAAAGAACUCGAUGAGCUAAUACAGAUAAAAGUAAGUUAAAGUUCUCCUUGAGCUGGUAGGAUUCCUCCAUUUUUCGUUUUUUUUUUUCUUUUCGUGACCCUUUCAAGUUUUAUAUACCUGUCUGCACAUGAAACAAAGAUAUCCUUACUUUUCUCCUCUGGCUUUAUCAUAGUUUUGAAUUGAAAAAAACUGUGAUGAUUAGAGAGAGGUGUAGAACCUGACAUAAAUAAGAUGGGUACACUUAUGGGCAUUUGUGACAGAGAGACAAAGCUAGGGAA